GCGGAGACGGCGGGUAUAUAAGGCAGGCCAUGGUCGGUGUCGCUCCGUAGCUGGAACCAGCAGCGGUUGAAUUCAGCGCGCCGAGCUUCUUCUGAGCAGAACCUGCCACAGAAUCCAUCAAGAUGUGUGAUGACGAGGAGACUACCGCCUUGGUGUGUGACAACGGUUCCGGCCUGGUCAAGGCUGGCUUCGCCGGCGAUGACGCUCCCAGAGCUGUGUUCCCGUCCAUCGUUGGCCGCCCACGUCAUCAGGGUGUCAUGGUGGGUAUGGGUCAGAAGGACUCUUACGUCGGUGACGAGGCCCAGAGCAAGAGAGGCAUCCUGACCCUGAAGUACCCCAUCGAGCACGGCAUCAUCACUAACUGGGACGACAUGGAGAAGAUCUGGCACCACACCUUCUACAACGAGCUGCGCGUGGCCCCCGAGGAGCACCCUACCCUGCUCACCGAGGCCCCUCUGAACCCCAAAGCCAACCGUGAGAAGAUGACCCAGAUCAUGUUCGAGACCUUCAACGUGCCCGCCAUGUACGUGGCCAUCCAGGCCGUGCUGUCCCUGUACGCCUCCGGCCGUACCACCGGUAUUGUGCUGGACUCCGGUGAUGGUGUCACCCAUAACGUCCCCAUCUAUGAGGGUUAUGCUCUGCCCCACGCCAUCAUGCGUUUGGAUCUGGCUGGUCGCGAUCUGACCGACUACCUCAUGAAGAUCCUUACCGAGCGUGGCUACUCUUUCGUGACCACAGCUGAGCGUGAGAUCGUGCGUGACAUCAAAGAGAAGCUCUGCUAUGUCGCCCUGGACUUCGAGAACGAGAUGGCCACCGCCGCCUCCUCUUCUUCCCUCGAGAAGAGCUACGAGCUUCCCGACGGUCAGGUCAUCACCAUUGGCAACGAGCGUUUCCGCUGCCCAGAAACCCUCUUCCAGCCUUCCUUCAUUGGUAUGGAGUCCGCCGGCAUCCACGAGACCGCUUACAACAGCAUCAUGAAAUGCGACAUUGACAUUAGGAAGGACCUGUACGCCAACAACGUCCUAUCUGGCGGUACCACCAUGUACCCCGGUAUCGCUGACCGUAUGCAGAAGGAGAUCACUGCCCUGGCCCCCAGCACGAUGAAGAUCAAGAUCAUCGCUCCCCCUGAGCGUAAGUACUCCGUCUGGAUCGGUGGCUCCAUCUUGGCUUCCCUGUCCACCUUCCAGCAGAUGUGGAUCACCAAGCAGGAGUACGACGAGGCAGGCCCCAGCAUCGUCCACCGCAAGUGCUUCUAAGCACUCGAGCCGCCACCUCGGUCCUGUACAUCGCUCUGGAUUUUUGGCGCGGGCGCACCGCUAAUCGUGGUGUCGUGGGGACAAUUGUUUUUCAAAAACCUGUUAUUUUGUAACAACACUUCUCUCUAGCGAUUGUUGUUACGCGACAACAAAAAUGCAGUUUACACAAUACGGAGAGAAAACACCAACAUCGAAGAGUGUGAGAAACACAAAUAAGCAGUCACAUCCCACCUCGUAUGGAAAUUAUUUAUUGACAACCGUUAACAUUCUUUUCUUAUGAAGAACCACCACAAAUGUUACUCUUACAGAGUACCACCAAAAUAUGGACUCUGGAACCAAUGAUCAUCUAGGCAUAAGAACAGGCUACGUUUGCAAAGUUCGACCAGAAAACGUGAACAGCAGCCAAUGUCAACAAAGACCAUAUUCAUUAGCUAGAGUGAGUUAAGUGUACCCACUGGUGAAACUAACAUCAGGUGUGUUCGAUGGGCCACGAAAAGACUCGCGUGAUCAAAUCUACCUUUCCUUGACGCAAAGCUUGCCUCUUGUCUUAAAAGAGAACUGGACGAUUGUAUCUUACAUCCGUAUGUCUCGAGCCUUGUCCUACCUCCGUCUAUGCUUUUUCUGGCCCAACUAUCAACAAACAAAAUAAAAAAUCGAAAAUCUAUUUUUAAA